UUAGAUAUAACGCUAUGGGCGGACGAAGCGCGAAUUCAAAUUCAGUCGCCAGGGGUUCCGCGUUGUAGCGACAAGUGAUGCAAUCACUAUUACGAUCGGUGAUUCCGGUGAAACUCGCGAUAUCUGUGGUUUCGAACUGAAACAUUCGUAACAGGAAUGGCGGUAUUAGUGUGGCCGCUGGCCGUGGUAGCGUUCCUGGCGCUGCUGUGGACGGUCAGUUCCGUAGCGAGAUGUCUGAUAAAAUGGACGGUAUUCGUGGUGGUAUCAUUGAUAUCCGCAUGCGUGCCAAUUCCCUUGAUGCUGCUGAGACCUAGGGACAGUAGGAAUGCCCUGAUACCGUCGGCGGGAUUCAGAGCUUGCAGCAGGAUUUUGGGGAUAUCGCUGAAGGUAGAAGGGAAGGAGAACGUCGUAAAAGGUUCGGGAACAGUGGUUGUGAUCAAUCAUCAGAGCUUCUUGGAUCUGAUAGUCUUGGCGUGCGUUUGGCCCGUUAUGGACAACUGCACGGUCAUUUCCAAGAAGGAAAUCUUCUAUCUUCAACCGUUCGGAUUGGCGUCGUGGCUGUGGGGCACCAUUUUUAUCGACAGAGUGAACGCGAAGGACGCCCAAGGACGCGUCAACCAAACCGCAGAAAUAAUCAGGAAGCGAAAGGCGCGCGUCCUGAUGUUUCCCGAAGGGACAAGGAACUUGGGCAACAAAAAGCUGUUGCCCUUCAAGAAGGGCGCUUUUCAUUUGGCCGUGAGCAGCGGGUGCCCCAUUCAGCCGGUCGCGGUGUCCAGGUACCGGUUUUUGGGCCCCCUGAGAUUCGACAGCGGAUCUAUUAAAAUCAAGAUUCUGCCGUCCAUCGACACCAAAGGCCUUACCAAAGACGACAUUCCCAAGUUGAUAGAUGAAACGUACGCUGCACUGUCCGAAAGCGUUGAUCUAUUGUCCGCCGAUGACGCUGCGAGCGCUACCACUUAAAACGGGACAAAGAUUGACUAGUUUCAGACUGAUCGGUUAAAUUAUUGUUACCCCUAUAUAUUAUUUAUUCUUUAUUUCUAAAUAAUAAACGCUUUUUGUUUUUUUUUUUUUCACAUUUUCUUACUUAAAAAAAUAUUCUACGC